CAUGUCCCUGGCUGGACUCGUACAACAUGUACGUCAGUUACCUCCUGGAUAAGGAAAGCAGCAUGUAUCCUAAUUCGGUGAGGCACCCCAGCUUAAACCUAAGCCCCCAGAACUUUGCACCCCCUCCUCCCCCUCCACAGUAUUCCGACUUUGCCGGUUACCACCAUCAUGUCUCUGGGAUCAGCACGGACCCUCACCACCCUCAACCUGCUGGCACCUGGAGCUCCCCUUACGUGCCGCCCCGGGAUGAAUGGCACGGCUACGGGACAGGUGCCCCCACCGUCACCACCUCGCCAGGGCAGCUGGCAUUCGGCCCGUCCGACUUUACCCCUGUGCAGCCCCAGGGUGGUGCUGGCCUGCUGCCCUCCAUGAGCGCCAUAGUCCCCCAACUCUCUCCCAGCUCUCCGAGGCGGAAUCCUUAUGACUGGAUGAGGCGCAAUCUUCAGCCCAAUCCGCAAGCAGGCAAAACCAGAACGAAAGACAAGUACCGAGUGGUGUACACUGACCAUCAAAGGCUGGAGUUAGAGAAGGAAUUUCACUACAGCAGAUAUAUUACCAUUCGCAGGAAGUCAGAACUGGCAAUUGCAUUAGGAUUGUCUGAACGGCAGGUGAAGAUCUGGUUCCAGAAUAGACGAGCAAAAGAGAGAAAAAUCAACAAAAAGAAGAUGCAGCAACAGUCCCAACAAGCCAGUACGACAACGCCCACUCCACCUGGAGUCCCCGGCCCUGCGCCAGCCAUCGGCCUGGUUAGCAGCAGCAGUAACCUUGUCUCGCAAUCCAUUCCACUGACUAUCAAAGAGGAAUACUUGUCCUAACUCAACUCUUCUCCCUGCACCUCCUGUACAAGAGGCCCCACUCCAUUCUGGAUUGGCUACACCGCAGUUUGAGUAAAGAAAAGACUUGUCUCUGAAGCUUUGUGCUUUAGGAAGUGACACUAUUUAACCCUCAGGAGUGCUGCCUUCAUUCUCCCUCCCUCGACACCUACAGAGGGUGGUGGAGGUGGCGAGGGGGAAGGAAGGGCCUGUGCAUUUGGGAUCAAGGCUUGAACUCUGACCUCUGCUUUGCGGUGGAUGAAAAUACAUUGAAAAACCUGGGAAGUUGGGGGGUACACAGAAAUGGAAGGAGGACUUCAGUCUUGAAAUGGAGAUUUGUUGUGUGCAGUGUAUUUUUCUGAAGACUGCAUUCAGUAACAAUAUUGGGUCCCAAGCGGGAUAAGGGUCUGCUUCAUCAAGCAUGUUUCUCUGCUGUUGUGAAUGUUGUUGAAUUUGUUUUUAGAUAGGCUGUAACAUAUUUCUUGUGGUUAAGGGCUUGUUUAUUUUUUAAGAAAGAAUAUAUUGUUCGAAAUGUUGUAUUACACCAGAAACUCACAACAUUUUCAAAUUGGACUUCUAAAAAUGGUUUGUUGGCAAGAAAUACUUUUCAGUUUUGCUGCUUUUCACAUUUUAUUCCGUAGCCUCUGUCCUUGGGAGUCACUUAGAAGUGGUAAAACAACAACUUGCAUUUAUAUAGCAUCUUUUGCAAAGUGAAAUGUUCCCAAAGGCAAAUGUUGACACCCAAGAUAUCUGAGAAGAUAUCAGGGAGAGGUGAUUAAAAGCUUGGUCAAAAAGGGAGGUUUGAA